AACAACGUGAACAGCACACCUACGCCAUGGAAAUCAAUACAGAUAUUGAGUACCGCUCGCAAUUUCGGGUGCUGGACACAGUCGAUGGCGAGGAGGUGGAUCUGACGCCCAACUAUAUACCCGAAUCGCCGUACACAGAUCAGUUCCUCAAAUUCAAUAUGCAUCUCAAGCACGAAAUGGUCAGCAUGCCACAGGUACACUCCAGAGGCAGCACAGCCCGAUCCCGGACACGUUCCAGCAUGCGCGGCGGAGUCGGCGGCAACAAGCAGUCCAUCGAUGAGCUAAUAAAUGGCAUUAUGUAUGAAACGAUUCUGUUUGAUCCGGGCAGCAGUAUCGAGAAACCGAAUGAUAUGCACAUGCCCGUGCCCUUCAACAA